CGCACUAACUCAGCUUCUCCGUUUGGCGUCACUGUCAUGACAACAAGGCGAUGGCUCCAAGCGAGAAGAUGAGAAAUGUGAUGUUUGCGUGAAGAAGGAGUAACAAACGAGGAGUAACGCUUCUGUAAAGUUGGAGGCGCCAUGUCUCUUUUCAAAGCCCGUGACUGGUGGUCAGCUGCUCUCGGUGAGGGAGAGGAAUUUGACCAGGGAUGCCUGUGUGUCGGAGAUGUGGACAACAGUGGUACAGGACAUGACAAGAUUGUUGUGGGCAGCUACAUGGGGAUGCUGCGGAUUUUCUCCCCAAAUGCCAAUAAGCUGAGCGAUGGCGGCAUGGCCGAAUCACAGCUCCUUGAAGUUCAACUUCAAAAUGCCAUUAUUCAGGUGGAAGUUGGGAAGUUCGUCUCGUGUUCAGACCUCCUUCAUCUGGCUGUUCUUCACCCAAGAAAGCUGUCAGUUUACUCUGUGACAGGUUCUUCAGGUAAUGUGGAACAUGGAGAUCAGUACCAGUUGAAGUUAGUGUAUGAGCAUAACCUGCAAAGAACAGCCUGCAACAUGACGUAUGGCACGUUUGGAGGAGUCACAGGUCACCAUUCCUUGUGCAUCCAGUCUAUGGAUGGGAUGUUGAUGUUCUUUGAGCAGGACAGCUACUCUUUUGGCAGGUUCCUUCCUGGCUUUCUGCUGCCCGGUCCGCUGGUCUACAGUCCCAGAACCGACAGCUUCCUCACCGUGUCUUCUGCACGCCAGCUUGAAGGCUACAAGUAUGAGACUCUGGCCGUUGCUACAGAUGCAGAGAGUCGACAGGAUUCUGAUUUACUUCCUAAAACUGGGGGCAAGAGGCUGACGCCUGACUGGACAUUUGUCCUGGGAGAACAGGCCCUGGACAUAUCAGUACCCUCAUUCUCCCAUUCCUCGUCCUCCAUCCUUGUGCUGGGCGAGAGGAACCUCUUCUGUCUUCGUGAUAACGGACAGAUACGCUUCAUGAAGAAACUAGAAUUUAAUCCCAGCUGUUUCCUACCCUAUAUCUCAGUGAAAGAUGGCACCACAAACCUGCUGCUUGGUAACCACAACAACAUGCUGCUGGUCUACCAGGACGUCACGCUGAAGUGGGCAGCCCAGCUUCCCCUUGUCCCCGUGGCUGUUCGUGUCGCCAAUCUCCCGGAGCUGAAGGGUGUUGUGGUCAGUCUGAGCUCAGACGGACAUCUUUUGUGCUCUUACAUGGGUACAGACCCCUCCUUUUUCUCAACUCCAAAAGUAGAUGCCAGGGAGGCUGAUUAUGAGCAGAUUGAUGCUGAGAUGAAGAAACUGCAGAAGUUCAUCAGAGAGGCUACAAGGACUCAAGAUAUACUCCCCAAAUCUGAUGCUGUGGAUGAUCUGUCUGUCAAGGCGACUGUGUCUUCAUGCCUCGACACACCAUCGCAAGCUCUAAUCCAAGACAUUGAUGGUCUGCCUGUACCCUCAGUUACUGUACAGGUGAAGGUGAAGGCCAACUCUGUGCUACAGUCUGCUAAGCUGUCCAUUUGUGUCCAGCCCCCCCUGGCUGUCACUCAGGACCAGUUUGUUUUGGAACCAAUGGGUGUUGGUUCAACCAAAGAAGUGGCUUUUUCAGCUUUCCUCAAUGGCCAAUACCCCCCUGCUGAUCUGACCGGAGAUAUUGUCGUGUCCUAUAGUGCGCCAACAGAGCUUAAUCCAAAAGGGGUUCCCAGGGUUCUCCAGUCCAGGUUCAGUCUUCCUCUGGCUCUGGUGUGUGUACCUUCAUCUCCAGCCAAAAACACCAAGUUUAAGAUCACUGUGGACACCAACCAGCCACCAGUUGACCUCAGCUCUAUCUUCAGAGAGUUUUCAACAAAAACAGAAGAUAAGGAUGGGAACAGUUUGGCUUUUCAGUUUCUAUCAGGAGCCAAAGUCACUGUGCUGGCCUCUAAGACCUCCCAGCGUUACCGCAUUCAGAGUGACAGUUUUGAGGACAUGUGGCUGGUGGUGAAGGAACUCGUUCAAAGGUUUGAUCAACAUUUCUCCAAAUUGGGAAUCAAAGACUUCAAGAAAAGCUUUAGUGGUCCUAUGCCACUUCAAGAAUACUUCCUGUCUGUAGACAAUCACUUUCAGCUGCGUGUCAGUGCUCAGCAGUAUCAGGAUCUGCUGUCAGAGCGAGCUGUCCAGUUCAGAGCUAUCCAGAGGCGACUGCUGACCCGAUUCAAAGACAAGACCCCGGCACCUCUCCAGAACCUGGACAAACUGCUGGACGCCACUUACAACCAGGUCAUUGCUUUGGCCGAGGCUGCAGAGGAGAACCGGGCGCUACUGGAGCAGGCUUUCGUCCGACUGCGGAGCUCCACUCACCUGCUGGUGCUGCUGCUGUCCCUGUGGCAGGGCCUGACCCCCGACCAGACUGCCAUUCUGGAGGCCACCUUGCUGCCGCUGUUGCAGGACACACCGCAGCUGGGCUGGGAGGAGAGCUGUGAUGCGGCUGUCUCUCACCUUCUCCGGAGCUGCUUGUCGCGAAGCCCCAAGGACCAGGCCACUUCUCUGGCCCAGGCAGGCGGCCCCGUGCUGGGCCUUCCCCAAGACACCACCCGCCUCAAGAAACACAUAGCCCUGCUCUGUGAUCGCAUCGGGAAGGGAGGCCGGCUCACCCUGGCCUCUGAAGCUAAUGUCCAGAUCCCUGCACAGAUUCAGAAUCUUGCUGCUCCAGGAGGUGUUGAGCCAAUAGCAGAGGUUUCUGGUGAUGGGGAGGAGCUGGAACCUGCACAAGAAAUGACCAAAUUCAUCAAGAAGAAACCGUCGAAGAAAGUCAAGAAAGUGGAACAAUUGUGACUGCCAAAAACAACCUGCAAAUGACCACAUUAGGUCAACUGUGUUUCCAUGACAAUAAACAUCACAAAGCUGGA